AACAGGCUGGCAGCGAAGGAGUUACCCGGAUCCGCCCCGCCCGUUCGGUGUAUGCUGCUAGUGCUUCAGGCCAGACGGGGUAGCGUGACCCACUGGCAAAAAAACAGAGUGUCACCUGGAGAGCGGAGAAGUUUGACAGGUCUAUAUCCCUUAUGGAAGCUUGAACAAACGUCAACGGUAGGCUCAAGGGGCUCAUGUCCACCUGGCCUUUCACUUUCGAUAGGUAACUGGACCACACUCUCAGAGAGUCGCGAACCAUAGGGUUACGGACAGUCGGGACCUCUACAUUCCAUGCUGAAAGUAUUUAGUUCAACAGAUGAUGGAAUUGAUGACAUGUCUUUGGGAAAGCUACUUCGUCGUGCUUCAUCCAAGGCCUCAGACUUCCUGACCUUCAGCUCUUGUGGAGAAAACUCUUCAAUACUGGAUGAAGAAAUCAUAUUUUCUAAAAACAAUGUGUGUGUACACCCCCCAGAACUGCUUCAUAAUGUUGCAUCUCACCAUCCAGGUUAUUUGUGUGUCUACACGGAGAAAGAUGAAUCUAUGGGUACUACACUAAUAUUGGCCUGGGUUCCUAAUUCACGCAUACAGCGCCAGGAUGAGGAAGCUUUGCGCUAUAUUACUCCUCAAAGCUCCCCUGUUAGAAAAUCUAAUAAAAGAAUUCGACACCUUGCUAAUUCUACAUCUUCAAUGCAAAAAUCUUCUGUGUUUUCCAAAGAAAACCAAAGUCCAAACAAAGUUGAUUCACUUACACAGAAGAAUAACUUUGAUGGCUCUGUAGAAGGAGUGGCAGACGUUGUAGAGCAAGGGGAGGAUGAGAAGUCUUUGGAUGUAUCAUCCGAUGAAGUUAGCAAAGACAGCACUCUGGAUUCAGAUUCUGAUGCUUUCUCUUCCCCCUUUUGUAUGUCCCCUAUAUCUGAAGCUCUUGAAGAAAACAAUAUGUCUGUCUUAUUGGAGGGUGAAUACAGACAAGAGGCCGAUAGUAACAUGGCCUGCUUUGCAUCUAGUCCAGAUAACUUCUCCCACUAUUCAGAAAUGAAUGAACAUAAAAGCCUGGCUAAAUGGGAGAAGCAGCAAAAGCUCUUGGCUCUUGAGCAGACUUGUGGAGUUUUCAGGGUGGAUUUGGGCCAAAUGCGAUCAUUGCGUGUUUUCUUCAGUGAUGAAACUGGUACCAGUGGACAGUUGGUGAUAGCCAGCAGGGAAAGUCAGUACAAAGUUUUCCAUUUCCAUCAUGGUGGUCUGGAUAAGUUAUCAGAAGUUUUCCAACAAUGGAAAUACUGCUGUGAAGCUCAACUCAAGGAGAAGGUUACAAUGAAGACGUGUCUACAUUUCUCAAUUCAAAGGCCAAGUGUUCUGUCCUCUGAAUCUCAUCCUGAAGAGGGUAUAUACCAAAAACUAAAUGUCUCUAGGUGGUUGCAGCACUUCAAUGAGGUUGGACAGGUGGAAGAAGAAUAUAAAUUGCGGAAGGCAAUUUUUUUUGGUGGUAUUGAAUCAUCUCUUAGAGGGGAAGUGUGGCCAUUUCUUUUUGGAUAUUACAGCUGGGAAUCUACUUCGCAAGAACGUGAAGCUCUACGGGUUCAGAGAAGAGAAGAGUAUGCUCAGAUCCAGAAUAGAAGACUCUCCAUGAACCCUGAUGCCCAAAAAGCUUUUUGGAGGAAUGUUCAGUUUACUGUGGACAAAGAUGUUGUGAGAACAGAUCGUAGUAAUCAAUUUUUUCGAGGAGAAGAUAAUCCCAACGUGGAAGCCAUGAGGAGGAUCCUUUUGAAUUAUGCUGUAUACUGCCCUGGAGUGGGCUACUCACAAGGAAUGUCAGACCUUGUUGCCCCACUGCUGACAGAAGUGCAAGAUGAGUCUGACACAUUCUGGUGCUUUGUUGGCCUUAUGCAGAAUACUAUAUUUAUCAGCUCACCCUGUGAUGAAGACAUGGAAAAGCAAUUAAUGUAUCUCCGUGAGUUACUAAGGAUUAUGCAUUUAAGAUUCUACAAACAUUUGCUCUCUCUGGGAGAAGAUGGGCUCCAAAUAUUGUUUUGCCAUAGGUGGAUCCUUCUGUGUUUCAAAAGAGAAUUUUCUGACUCUGAAGCUCUAAGGAUGUGGGAGGCAUGUUGGGCUCAUUAUCAGACUGAUUAUUUCCACCUUUUUCUGUCUGUGGCUAUAAUUGAUCUUUAUGGGGAGGAUGUCAUCGAGCACCAGCUGCCAACAGACCAGAUGUUGUUACACUUCAGUAAUUUGGCUAUGCAUAUGAAUGGAGAGCUGGUUCUCAAGAAGGCAAGGAGUUUACUUUAUCAGUUUCGUCUCUCGCCCAAAAUUCCCUGCAGCCUCCGUGACUUGUGUAAACUGUGUGGUCCUGGCAUGUGGGACAGUGGAUAUAUACCGACAAUAGAAUGCACAGGUCAACAUCCAGGCUCCAGAAGUUGUUUGUAUGGAGGAACUGUAGAAGAGUCUAUUCCAACUUCACCCAAAAAAACUAAAAAAAAAACACAAAUCACUUGAUGUUUUCAACUUUAGAAAAUAAGAACAUUGCUAAAUACUAUACAAGAUUUAAAGAUUUCUGGGGUUAUUUUAUUCAUAAUAAAGUGUAAUCAAUGGGACGAAUUUAGGUUUACACCACAGUCACCGGAUUGGGAUAGUUGGCAUUAGAGAUGAGCGAACUUACAGUAAAUUCGAUUCGUCACGAACUUCUCAGCAGUUGAUGACUUUUCCUGCGUAAAUUAGU